CUCUGAGGCGCCGGGCUCACUCCCGCCCCUGGCCUGGUGGGAAGGGGUGAAAAUGGCGGCGGCCGGCGCUGUGGCUACUCGGCUGCUCCUGCUCCUGCUGAUGGCGGCAGCAGCCCCCAGCCGCGCGCGGGGCAGCGGCUGCCGGUCCGGGACCGCUCUGCGGGGGGCGGGGGCAGAAGGUCGAGAGGGUGAGGGCUGUGGCACCGUGGGGCUGCUGCUGGAGCACUCGUUUGAGAUCGGUGAGUCUAGAACGUUCCUUUCCAGGCCUGGCUGGGGCCAGGCGCUGUCCCUCUCACUGCCACCCUCCUCUGCCCUGCAGGAUGUGGCGGCCUUGAAUGGCUUGUACCGUGUCCGGGUCCCUCAGCGCCCUGGGGCCCCUGAUGGCCCAGAAGCCGGUGGCUACGUCUCCUCCUUUGUCCCCGCGUGCUCCCUGGUGGAGUCCCACCUGUCGGACCAGCUGACGCUGCACGUGGAUGUGGCUGGCAACGUGGUGGGUGUGUCGGUGGUGACACACCCCGGGGGCUGCAGGGGCCACGAAGUAGAAGAUGUGGAUCUGGAGCUGUUUAACACUUCUGUGCAGCUACAGCCACCAGCCACCGCCCCAGGUCCUGAGACAGCUGCCUUCAUUGAGCGCCUGGAGAUGGAACAGGCCCAGAAGGCCAAGAACCCCCAGGAACAGAAGUCCUUUUUCGCCAAAUAUAGUGUCCUCUCGGGGGCCUCUGAGAGUCACUGCCACCUGUCUGCCCCCAGUCAGAGCUCCUCCAGGAAUCCGUACGCCGGCGUGCGCUCACAAGGAUGGGUCUUUGUGCUGUUUUCUGCUGUGCUACAGACGAGGAAACUGAGGCCCAGGGAGGUGGGCAACUCCUACGAGCUGGCGAAGCCGGGAAGUGGUGGAGAGUCGGUGCCUGGGCUCCGGGCUCUCGGCAGCGCCCGCCUGGCUAACGGCCUCUCUGGUAAACGGGAGUAA